AUGAUGCCGAUGUUGUCCAUGGGGGGAUUGCCCCGAUCAAACUCGUGCAAGACGCACGCAAAGGCGCGGCUCAAGGAAACUCUCACGCCUGAUCUGCUUGAGAAGCUCCGUCGAUUCUGGUUUAAGCACCUCAAGACCGACGAUGCCUACGUCUUACCCCAGAGGAGCCAGAUGGGCCGAUGGUUCUACUCCGACGUUGACUUUGAUGAGGCUUGCGUGUAUGCUGUUCCAUUGGUCGCAUCGAAGGUGAUUCUGCUAAUGCGCACCUACAGGAAGAAGUUCCGCCCUGUCUUGGAGGCCAUGAAAUCAGCCAAGAUCACAACUCGAGACAUUCUCACAAUUGUGAGGCCAUUCACACCUUUGCAGUGGCUAGGUUUGGUCCUCCUCCUAGACCAAGUCCCGCGAAACAUCUACCGGGGCACAGAGUCAUCGACAGUCUUCAAGUUUUUUGACCCUAUUGCGCGCGAAAUCGCACGCCACGCCAUCAACGCCGGCGCCGCGACCCACAACAGGAUCAAGUACCGCGUGGCCUACCGCAUGUGGUUCUACCUGCCCUUCAUGCACUCCGAGGAUCUGGCGCUGCACGACUUUGCUGUGGCGCAGUAUCAGCAGAUGAAGGACGAUUUCGAGGAGCUGAUGGCUGAAGACGGGGAGGCCGGGAGCGACGAUCAGCGCAAGUGCUGGGGCGUGUUGGCGGUGCAGAAAGAGGCAGCUAGAGACCUGCUGGAGACGAAUUGCGACUUUGAGACGAAACAUCGCGACAUCAUUGUGCAGUUUGGACGAUACCCACAUAGGAAUAUGGCCAUGGGCAGAGAGUCUACUGCACAGGAGAAGAAAUAUCUUGAGACAGGAGGCGAGACCUUCAGCGCUGCGAGCUAA